AUGCUGGGACUCUCUAUCCUCUCCCUCGUGGCAUUGGCUGCUGCCAGUCCUAUCCCGGGAUCUGAUCCCCUGAGCCUUUACAGACGAGCCGAUGUCACUCAGUCUACACUGAAUACAUUCGACUACUAUGUCGAACAUGCCUCAGCUGCCUACUGCAACGCUGGGAAGGCUGCCGGCACAGCUGUUACUUGCUCUGGCACUUGCAACAAUGUACAGAAGAAUUCUGUAAAGAUUCUGGGAACCUAUGACGGCAAGGCCACUGGCAUCUCUGGCUACACUGCCAUCGACGAUGUCCGAAAGGAGAUUGUCUUCUCCGUCCGCGGCAGCGCCAACAUCCGCAACUGGAUCGCCAACCUGGACUUCGACUUUAAGAGCCUGGACCUCGCGAGGAACGCCAAGGUCCACGACGGCUUCAACAAGGCCUGGCUGGAGAUCUCCGCCGCCGUGCUGGCCCAGGUCAAGGAGACGGCCUCUAAGAACGCCGGCUACAAGGUCGUCGCCGUGGGCCACUCCCUGGGCGGCGCCGUCGCCACGCUCGGCGCCGCCUACCUGCGCAACGCCGGCCACAGCGUCGACAUUUAUACUUAUGGCGCCCCGCGCAUUGGCAACGCCGAGCUCAGCGACUUCAUCUCGGGCCAGCCGGGCGCCGUCUACCGCGUCACGCAGACCAACGACCCCGUGCCCCGCCUGCCCCCCAAGCUGUUCGGGUACCGCCACGUCUCGCCGGAGUACUGGCUGUCCAAGUCGAGCAGCACCGGCCAGUACGACGUGGGCACCGUCAAGGUCUGCGCCGGCAACGCCAACACGGGCUGCAACGGCAGCCAGAACAUCAUCGACAUCAGCAGCAUCGCCACCCACCUCAGCUACUUCAACAAGAUCCUCUCUGGCUGCAUCAGCUUCGGCCUCCGGGACGUGGACGACGUGGAUGUGGUCAGCGUACAGGUCGAGGGAGACUUGGCGAAUGACGACGACGCUCUCGUAGCCCAGCUCAAUGCCUGGGCCGAGGCGGAUAGGAACAUCACCGCCUCCGCGUAG